AUGAAUAAUCAAUCAUCUGGUUCUAAGGACUCUGAAGACGAGUCCUCUGUCACUUCUUCAGCUGUUGAAGCCACGAAAGGUUCGGAGACGGUUGAAACUAUUGAUAGCGGAGGUGGAGAAGAGGAGGCGGAGGUGACGGCGAAGGUGACAGACGAUCCGAUGGAGGAGGAUUUGGUGAAUCCGGCGACUGUGUUCUGUAUUAAGCUUAAGCAGCCAAGGUCCAAUUUGCAGUCCAAAAUGAGUCUUCCCGAGCUUUGUCGUAAUUUCAGGGUGAAAUUUUAUUUGUAA